AGAGCAGAGAGCGCGCGCAGAUCGGCCGCCGUGCGGAGACAAGGGGGACGAGCCCAAGUUGCGCUUGCGAGACGGGGCGUGGCCUCGGCCACGAAAAGUGAGGAUCAAUUCGACUUAUUUAAUACAGCUUUCGUAUUAGAAGCGUGUAUAUAGUUAGGAAUCCACUGUAAACCGAUUUGCGCUAAACUCCGGGUUUUAUCUACACUAAGUACCGUGGCUUAGCUCCGGCAUUGUGUUUGACUAAGUGAACAAAUAGAUGGAGUGAUAUAUAUUGACUUCCAGUUUGGUGCGGGUCGUAUUACUUCCUUAGGACUUCUUCGAUCAUUUGACGACGGCCUUAUUUUCUUUUUUUUUGGAUAUCUAAGGAUUCGAGUGCCGGAAGGACUUUAUGGUGCUUGGUUGUUGUUAAAGGUGCUCGAGGAGUGUGACACGGCCAAUACGUUUGGUUCUAAACAAUAUACACACGGUUUAAAUGUGGCCAAAUACUCUCACUACUGGUUAUUCUCAUUAUUCCAGAUGCAACCCAGAGAGCGAAUUAACCUUUCCUGGCUUUGGAGGUACCUGUGGAGGUGGUACCGCUGGGAUGGCGUACCUGAAAACUGCUCCUUAUUCCGUUCCGGGCCUAGGUUUGCAUGGGAUACCAGUGGAUUCUCUUCAUUCGUCCAUGGGAUAUCCAGGAGGUAAUUCAAUGCAAUAUAAUCCAGGUUAUCCUCCUGAAGAACAAAAUUACAAGAACACUUGGUCUCAGUAUGAUCAAUGUAAAUAUGGGGGAAACCAACGAAAGCAACGUAGGGAAAGAACAACAUUCACAAGAGCACAACUUGACGUUCUGGAAACUCUAUUCGCCAAAACGAGAUAUCCAGAUAUUUUCAUGAGGGAAGAAGUAGCACUCAAGAUAAAUUUACCAGAGUCUCGAGUUCAGGUUUGGUUUAAGAAUAGGAGAGCAAAAUGUAGACAGCAGCAGAAGCAACACACCCAACAACAGCCUACAGAAAAAACAACAACAAGGCUCAAAAGUAAACCAACUACUAAUAUUGUAACAAAGCCAGCAACAACUCCAGUGUCAAAUAACAACAGUACAGGAUCUUCUGCAGGAUCGCCUGUUAUACAUCCUGCGUCACAUCUUAGAGGAAGUCCUACAGCUUACGUCAAGUCUGAAAUACCUGUAACAACGGCAGCAACAAACUCACCUUCGAUAUCAUCAUCGAUGUAUAUCAACUCUACGAAUGGUGGCAGUAUCUGGUCACCCGCCUCGAUCGACAGCUUCACAUUGGAGCAACACAGAUCUUGGGGCUCGUCCUCACAGGCACCAAUGCUAAAUCCAUCGAACAGUUCUGCCAACGGUUACAACAAUUACCCUGCUUAUUACUCUAACAUGGAUUACCUCAGCUCUACGGGCAUGAGUCAUCCACAAUUCGGGGUAAAUAAUCAAGCUUUACAUAAUUUAGAUGAUAGAAGCACUCAAAAUGGCUAUAGGGAAAACGGCGUAGAAUCAACCUGGAGCAAAACAAGGGACGAAUCUUCGUGGAUGUACAACUCGGGAUGGGAGAGAAAAUGAAAAUGGCAGUAUUCCCGAUUGUCAGAGCUCAGCAAUAUUAGUUUUAGAGACGAAUGAAUUUGAACGAUGUUUUCUCUCCUCUUAGAGAGCCAUGUUCUGAAAAUCAUCUUGUAUAUAGCGAUUUUUGUGAUUUCAUAAUCAGAACCUCAAUAAUUACGAAACCUUCUUGUUCUCAGACAAAGUUAUUUGUUAUAACUUUAGUUAUCAUUUCAAACAGCAAAGUUUCCAUUAGAAGAAAUUGAGAGUGUUACUAUGACAAAAUAAAAUGUUAACAGAGAAUACAAAAAGUAGAAUCAAGUUAACAACUUACAAGUCAACAUAACACCCUCCUAAAAGAAGGGUGUAAUUCCUGUAUUCUUUUUUCUGGUUAUUUUUCAAAUAACCAGAAAUCUCGGCCUAGAUCAACAACGAUAUUGCAAAAGAUAUACAACGUAAUAAAUAAAUAAAGGAAAAUUACGCAUUCUUCAAACUUGAUGGAUGAAUUUAUGUAAAUAUUAUUUAUUCUGUGAAUAAAGUGGAAUUUUAUUAUUGUUAGUUUUUACUGUGAACCUGCAAGAAACCAAACAGAAUUUUUUUUAAGGAGAAAAAGAAUACAAGAUGAAAAGUUGUUGAAGCUCUGAUUGAUGGUUUUCGAAGAACAUCGAUAGAAAGAAGUAUUUGAAAUAUAUUGUAUAUUUUUUCGGAAGACCAACACAAUAAAUAAACGAAUUUAAAGAUUGAAAGAUCAUAAGAACUAGUCAAAAAAGUGCCAAAUGGGCAUCAAUGUAGUUCAUCGAAUAUCACUAGUUACUCAUUAAUGUACAUAUCGUAGUUAAUUAAGAAUUUGUAAAAUGUUAUGUGAUCGUUAGAUAUAAUAAUUAAAUGUAAGGCCUAAAAUGUUUUUGUUGCAAAAAAACUUGAUCUUUCCGAUGUCUCAAAAAAAAACUAAGAGAUUAUCAUUGUAUUAUAACAAA